AUGAAAUCAGCCACUCCCGCUCUAUCUCCAGUAGACAUGCCAUCAACUUCAUCCAUAAUCAGCACAGUCUUUGGAUGCUUUGAACUCUUGAUGCAUGAAAAUGUUCUACCUCGAUUGCCUGAAAACCAAGCAGAAUCAGCUGCUAAGAAAGCUGUUCUAUUGAGUGGUACACCUGGAAUUAGGAAGACUACAUCAACCAAGUUGAUUAGUCAGAUGCUUGGUUUUCAGGCAAUCGAGGUAAAUGCUAGUAACAACUGUGGAAAAGCUGAUGCCAAAGUUGAGAGAGGAAUAUGUGGAUGUACAACAAAUUCUAUAACGGAACUUGUUAGUAAUGAAGCUCUGAGCGUUAACAUGGAUCGGUUAGUAGUACUAUGUUUUAUUGUACAUGCAUCAAGAAGUACCUUAAAAGAAUCCUGCUUAAUUGUUAACUAUAAUUCCAGUUCAAAGCAUCCAAAGACUGUGCUGAUUAUGGAUGAAGUUGAUGGCAUGUCUGCUGGAGAUAGAGGGGGAGUGGCUAAUCUCAUUGCUAGCAUCAAGAUCUCUAAAAUUCCAAUCAUUUCAAAAGUGCAGAAGUUGAAGCCACAUAUUGCAAUGAGAAAGUAUUAUGAUGAGGAAUCAACACGGAGCUUCACUGACGAGACAUUUGCGAGGAUGAUCCUCCUGGACAGGUGCUUUGUUUUGUAUUACAUUUGGCGUGUUGUAGAAGGUUUCGAAGAUGAUUUGGGGAUGAGAAGUCACCAUAUAGCUUUUGCACGACAGGACUUGUUCUUGAUGGAGAACCAUCUUCCCUUCAACGUCCUCGAGAAUUUGAUGGACCUAUCGCAAAAGGAUAAGUGGAUGCAUGGGAUCAAUGAAUUCCUGACACUUCCGCCAAUAAGUAUGGACGGCUCAACAAAGUCAAUGUUUUUGAACUUGAUAGCUGAUGAAAUGAGUUCAGAUGAGCCAAAUGAGUUGUGGGUAACUUCUUACAUAUGCUUCCUUAGUACCCUCAUCGUGCACCUUGAUGAUGGUAAGAUUCUACGGUUUGCAAAAGUACUCAACAACUGUAUAGGCAGUGAUGAUGAAAUAGCCAGCCUCUUCCACGACCUCGCCAAUGAACUGGUCACAAAUCCUUUGGCUUAUCGAUGUGUCAAAAGGGGAAUCAAUAAUUGCUACAAUAACACGAUGUUCAGUGGGUUAGCUUACUUCCAUUGCUACAAAGCCAAGAUGUACAUGUCUCAAAUGAAGGAAGAUUAUUUCAAGAACCCAUAG